AUGCGUGAACUUCACAUAAACGUCUUAUCUAAUCUUCUACUACUCCUUGCUUCUAAUUCAUUUUCUCUGGCAGCGCAAGCGAAAAUGCCGCAAGUGAAACUCAUUAUUGAUACUGAUGGAGUUUCGGAUGAUAUCCGAGCCAUUUCAUUGGCAAUGCAACAUCCUGAUGUUGAAGUUGUAGCGUUCACUACAGUUCAUGGCUGCACCACGGUCGAACAAGCGACAGCUAAUGUUGCUCGCGCUCAACGAGCAAAUAACGUUAAGACUCCUAUACCUAUCUAUAAAGGUGCUGAAACCCCAUUCAUUCGUAAAGCAGAAGCUGUUGAAAGCGAACAUAUAUUUUUUGGAAAAGAUGGAAUCGGUGAUCAACCAGAAGCUUUCCCAAAGGUUGUUCCUUCUGAUUUUCAUGCAGAAUGCUCUGAAAUCGCUGCAAUGGCACUCAUAAGAUUAACUCGAGAAGAUCCAAACAUAACAGUUGUAUCCAUUGGGCCACUCACGAAUGUUGCUUUAGCAUUAAAGCUUGACCCGAACUUUGCCCGUCAACCACAACGACUAGUAAUAAUGGGUGGUAACUAUUAUGGAAUUGGAAAUGUCGAUUCAAGUUCAUCGGCUGAGUUCAAUUUCCAUGGCGAUCCUGAAGCUGCAGCUAUUGUUUUGAAGGAAAUGGAAUGUGCCAUAACAGUAGUCCCAUGGGAAUCAUUCUUCUUAGAAGGACCUCACCAUGAGAAAGAAGUGGAUUUCAAUAAACAUUUGAAUUAUAGCACUCCUCUAGCAUCCUUCUUAUCAACUGCAACAAGUAUUGGCCGCGAAAUGAUGGCGAGGAAUGGAAGACAAUACUCCUAUUGCGAUGAAAUAGCAGUAGCAACAGCAAUCCACCCAGAGUUGAUCGUUCGAAAAUAUGCAUCCUUAAGGGUCAAUGUCGAAUUAGCUGGAAAACACACGAGGGGGCAAGUGGUUGUUGAUUGGGUCGAUGUUCUUUGGAAUAACGAAGACGCCGAGUUUACUGCUGCACAAGGAAAAACAAUAGAUCGCACGAAUCGGACAAUCGACUUUGUCACUUCAUAUAACGUGACUGUGGUUGAUAAAUGGAUGCAUAACGCAUGCAAAGGAAAUUGGAACUCCUAA